UCCCCGGGAGGGGGCGGCCCCAGCAGCAAGGCUAGGCCGGGCGGAGCUCUGGCCCGGGCGGAGCUGUGGCUGCAGCCUCCAGCUGCCGGACCGAACUCCAGCCGAGCGGACUGCGGGAGCGGCGCAAGCCCUUUCCGCACUGGGGCCCACCCCUGCAACUCUGCAGCACAUGGUGAUGAGUUUCCGAGUGUCUGAGCUCCAGGUGCUCCUUGGCUUCGCUGGCCGAAACAAGAGUGGGCGAAAACACGAGCUCCUGGCCAAGGCCCUGCACCUCCUCAAGUCUAGCUGUGCCCCCAGUGUCCAGAUGAAGAUCAAAGAACUGUACCGCCGGCGAUUUCCCCGGAAGACCCUGGGGCCCUCUGAUCUUUCCCUAUUGUCUUUACCCCCUGGCACCUCUCCUGUAGGCUCCCCUGGCCCCCUAGCGCCCAUUCCUCCCACUCUUCUAACCCCUGGCACCUUGCUGGGCCCUAAGCGUGAGGCGGACAUGCGCCCUCCUCUGCCCCAGCCCGUGCACCCUGACGUCACCAUGAAACCACUGGCCUUCUACGAAGUCUAUGGGGAGCUCAUCCGGCCUACCACCCUCGCAUCCACAUCCAGCCAGAGGUUUGAGGAAGCGCACUUUACCUUUGCGCUUACUCCCCAGCAGGUGCAGCAGAUUCUCACAUCCAGGGAGGUUCUGCCAGGAGCCAAGUGCGAUUACACCAUACAAGUGCAGCUGAGGUUCUGUCUCUGUGAGACUAGCUGCCCCCAGGAGGACUAUUUCCCCCCUAACCUCUUUGUCAAGGUUAAUGGGAAACUCUGCCCACUGCCGGGCUACCUCCCCCCAACCAAGAACGGAGCUGAGCCCAAGAGGCCCAGCCGUCCCAUCAACAUCACGCCGCUGGCUCGGCUCUCAGCCACCGUUCCUAACACCGUGGUGGUAAACUGGUCAUCUGAGUUUGGACGGAAUUACUCCUUGUCUGUGUACCUGGUGAGGCAGUUGACUGCGGGGACCCUUCUACAAAAACUCAGAGCAAAGGGUAUCCGGAACCCAGACCAUUCCCGGGCACUGAUCAAGGAGAAAUUGACGGCUGACCCUGACAGUGAGGUGGCUACUACAAGUCUCCGGGUGUCACUCAUGUGCCCGCUAGGGAAGAUGCGCCUGACCGUCCCAUGCCGCGCCCUCACCUGUGCCCACCUGCAGAGCUUCGAUGCUGCCCUUUAUCUACAGAUGAAUGAGAAGAAGCCAACGUGGACAUGCCCUGUGUGUGACAAGAAGGCUCCCUAUGAGUCUCUUAUUAUUGAUGGUUUAUUCAUGGAAAUUCUUAACUCCUGCUCGGAUUGUGAUGAGAUCCAGUUCAUGGAGGAUGGAUCCUGGUGUCCAAUGAAACCCAAGAAGGAGGCAUCUGAGGUUUGCCCCCCGCCAGGGUAUGGGCUGGAUGGCCUCCAGUAUAGCCCAGUCCAGGACGGAAAUGCAUCAGAGCAAAAGAAGAAGGUUGAAGUCAUCGACUUGACACUCGAAAGCUCAUCCGAUGAGGAAGAUGUACCCCCCACCAAGAAGCACUGCCCCGUCACCUCAGUGGCCAUUCCAGCCCUUUCUGGAAGCAAAGGAGUCCUGACAUCCGGUCACCAGCCAUCCUCGGUGCUACGGAGCCCUGCAGUGGGCACCCUGGGCAGUGACUUCCUGUCUAGUCUCCCACUACAUGAGUACCCACCUGCCUUUCCACUGGGGGCUGACAUCCAAGGUCUAGAUUUAUUUUCUUUCCUUCAGACUGAGAGUCAGCACUACGGUCCUUCUGUCAUCACUUCGCUAGACGAACAGGACACCCUUGGCCACUUUUUCCAGUACCGAGGAACCCCUUCCCACUUCCUGGGCCCACUGGCCCAGACCUUGGGGAGCUCCCACCGCAGCAGUUCCACUCCGGUGCCACCUCCUGGUCGUGUCAGCAGUAUUGUGGCUCCUGGGAGUUCCUUGAGGGAAGGGCAUGGAGGACCUCUGCCUUCAGGUCCCUCCUUGAGUGGCUGUCGGUCAGAUGUCAUUUCCUUGGACUGAGCUGCUGGGAUUCUGAAAUCUUCACUGGCCCCCCAGCACUGAGCAGAUAUGCUGUGGGUUCCCAACCCUGGCUGCUCUGAUCCCUCCAGGGGUCUUUGGCUAAAGGCCAGGCCAGACCUCCAUGGUUACCUGCUUUUGGCCUUAUCUCUGCCUAACAAGGCCAGUACUCAAAGGGUUAACAUUUAACCUUUUUUAAAAGGUCAGGGGUCUGUUUUUGGAAGUGUUCUUGAUGGUGGCACAUUCCUUUGGGUUUGGUAACCUAGGCAGUGGGAGGCAGAGGGAAGGAUAGGACCUGAGGGAAGGGGGUGGUCCUCAGCCUGGACCAGAUCUACAGCCUCUUGGGGAAAGGACACUUUCCCUUCCCAAACCCAAAUGCCUGUUCUUUUAUGUCUGUUCCAUUCUCUGUGG